GGCGCACUCCCGGCCGGGACCCGGAAGCGGAGGAUGGCUGAGAUGUCGGUAUGUCCCCGGCGGCCGACGGUCGGCCCGGCGGGGCCGCAGAGGAGGCGAGGGAGUUUCCAAAUGGUAUGGCUUCUUCCAGCGUUCCUUCCAUGGAACUACUAAGGAAUGCAGCUUGCAUUAAAAAGUUGAUAUAUUCUGCCCAAAGGUUACUGUGUUUGAAAGUUCCUGCUUGUUCCAUUGGUUCCAGGGAUGAAUCUUGUGCCUUAUGAAACUGGGCGGACUAUAAAAACCUAGCUUUUUCUGCAGCCUACUUGUCCUGAUCAGAUAGUCCCGGAAAUGGGUAGGAUCAGCUUCUCUUGCCUUUUUCCUGCUUCGUGGCACUUCAGCUUUUCCCCUGUUGGGUGUCCACGGAUAUUGAACACCACAUUACGGCAGAUUGUUGUCACUGGGCUCUUUGCUGCUGCAUUUUUCUUACUAUAUUAUUCUGUUUUAAAAUACAGCUCCCGAGACAAAAAGCUGCACAGGUAUCUUGCACGAGUAACAGACACCGAAGCCACGGAUACAAACAACCCAAAGCUGAAUUAUGGCAUUAUGGUGGAUUGCGGUAGCAGUGGAUCUCGGAUCUUUGUGUAUUGGUGGCCAAGGCACAACGGCAAUCCCCAUGAUUUACUUGACAUCAAACAAAUGCGGGACAAAAACAGAAAACCAGUAGUUAUGAAAAUUAAGCCAGGCAUUUCAGAAUUUGCUACCUCUCCUGAAAAAGUUAGCGACUAUAUUUUUCCACUCCUGAGCUUUGCUGCUGAGCACAUACCCCGGGCAAAGCACAAAGAAACCCCUCUGUAUAUUCUCUGUACCGCAGGGAUGAGAAUCUUGCCAGAGAGCCAGCAAAAGGCCAUACUGGAAGAUCUUCUUACUGAUAUCCCAGUGCAUUUUGAUUUUCUGUUUUCGGAUUCACAUGCUGAAGUUAUUUCAGGAAAGCAAGAAGGAGUAUAUGCAUGGAUCGGCAUCAACUUUGUCCUUGGAAAAUUUGAACAUAUGGAUGAAGAGGAUGAUGCAGUAGUAGAAGUACAUGUUCCUGACAGUGAGAGCAAAGAGGAAGUUGUUCGAAAGAGGACCGUGGGUAUACUUGACAUGGGUGGUGUGUCAACUCAAAUAGCGUAUGAAGUCCCUAAAACUGUAAGCUUUGCCUCUUCACAGCAGGAGGAGGUGGCCAAAAACCUACUGGCAGAGUUUAACUUGGGAUGUGACGCUCACCAGAAUGAACAUGUGUACCGAGUCUAUGUGGCAACUUUUCUGGGCUUUGGUGGAAAUGCUGCCCGACAGAGAUACGCAGACAACAUAUUCACCAGCACAGUAUUCAGAAACAGGCUUCUUGGUAAACAGACUGGAAUGACCUCUGAGACUCCGUACUUAGACCCUUGCCUACCCUUAGACGCCGAGGACGAAAUCCAACAGAACGGGCAGACUCUGUAUCUUCGAGGGACAGGAGAUUUCCAGCUGUGCCAGGAUGUCAUUCAGCCCUUCAUGAACAAGACCAAUGAAACACAAACGUCCUUGAACAGCAUUUAUCAACCGCCCAUCCAUUUCGAGAACAGUGAAUUCUACGGGUUCUCAGAGUUCUAUUACUGUACUGAGGAUGUCUUAAGGAUGGGGGGAGACUACGACGCUGCUCAGUUCCUCAAAGCUGCAAAAGAAUAUUGUGCAACAAAGUGGUCUAUUCUCCUGGAAAGAUUUGAUCGUGGCUUGUAUGCGUCGCACGCUGAUCUCCAUCGACUGAAGUAUCAGUGCUUUAAGUCAGCCUGGAUGUACGAAGUAUUUCACGAUGGCUUUGGUUUUCCUGUAAACUACAGCAACUUAAGAACAGCACUCCAAGUCUACGAUAAAGAGGUGCAGUGGACGUUGGGGGCCAUCCUCUACCGGACGCGAUUUUUACCUCUGAGAGACAUCCAGCAGGAAAAUUUCCGAGGCAAUCACUCCCACUGGCGCAGCUUCGCCUUCGUUUACAACCAUUACUUAUUCUUCGCCUGCUUUUUCGUUGUGUUGCUGUCCAUCCUGCUCUAUCUGCUGCGGCUGCGGCGGAUCCACCGGCGAAUUCUGCACAGCGGCGCAUCUCCCCCCCUCUGGAUCGAAGAAGGUCUCCCACCGCAGAAGAUCCCUGGAGGCUUAUAAGCUGCUGGCUGCAAAUCUAAGACUCAUCUCAGGGUUCUUCUCUCUCGCCCUUGGAGAGCCUCGCCUGAGCCCCUUGCCACAGUCCUGGAGGAAUUCCCCUCUCUGGGGGACCGCGGGGAAAGCCAGGUCCACCUUGGCUUGACUAGGCUGGGGGGAUCUCAGCCAAAAUUAUUUUAAAACUCUUACCUUAAAAGCAAAUGCACUUUGACUUGGGGGCAGGGGGACAGCUAGGAAAGCAGGGGAAUGCAGUAAAGACUUUAUGCCAGUAUGUUAAAUGGGAAAGGAGCAAGCUACUCAGUGUUCAAUAACUGUUGAUGGGCUUGCUCUCUCCUUAUGCAGCAAGCCUGCUGCUAGGGUUUUCCUGGAUCUGAAUGCAGGCCUGCUUAACUGGGCUACCAGUUCUUUAUUCCUUGCCAUGUUCUUGAGCCACUCCAAGCACAGAGGAAAGGUCGCUUCAGCCUCCCCUGCCCAAUCGGAACAGCCUCAGAGACUUUAGCAUUUACUCCCAGAUACUUAUUUAUUUAAAGCAUUUUGACUCUUUCCUUUCUCCAAAAAGCAAAGGGGGGGUAUGGUGGGGGGAAUAGCUUAGAUAGAGGGUAGACAGAUCAGUAAUAAGUCAGCCUUUGCCACUACAGUCUUUAAAAAAAAAUGACACAGAAGAAAAAAGAAUUGGGAGGAAAAGACGCAAACUCGGGCGUUUGUUCUUCAUUUAGAAGUUGUUACAAAGACCUCUCUGUAAAGUUUGUCCUAGCCAGGAAUUAGAAGUUAGCAUCUGAAGAAGCAGGUAGAGAACAGGCACAGAAAAUUUAUUUUACUGCAGUUAAGGGUCACUGACAAAGCUCAAGUUGUGUUGCCAUUUCCUGAUUGAAUUACAAACCCCAUGCCUAUGUUAAAACUCUUGUAAUGCCUCCAACAGAGGACUGCAAUGUUGAGAUCUCUUGCAGCUCUGGCUGGGAUUAUCGGACAAAGGAACAACGCUAUGGCUGUCCCCAGAGAAAAAACAGGGAAAGCUAAACCUGUACGUAGUCCUUCUGUUGGGGAAUAUUUCUGCCAGAGCAAGAAAGGUGGGCAGGGGAGAAUUGGACAUGUGACUGUAAAGUGGUCAGUAUAUCUUAUGGCAGUGUUUCUCAAGAUGUGUGGACAUAAACUUUAAGAUGUAUGGUCUUCAAUUCCCAGAAUUCCCCAGCCAGCCACAGGAGAAUUCCGGGAGUUGAAGUCCACACAUCUCAAAAGUUGCUGGGGUUGAGAAACGUCUUACGGUAACUGCUUUCUUCCAUGAUGCUUUCUGCUGUAAAGACUGGCAGAGUCUGGUUUAUAUUGGACUCUGCUUCUGGAGGAAGCUUAGAACAUCUCUUAAAAGCAACUUGUUUUUCUGGAAAUGUCAGGAAUGGCAUAUAAAGUAGAGUGUGAGGCAGCAUCUAUACCUCCCAUCCAUAUCCUUAACGCAAAUAGAGAAUCUGCUGCUGUGGGUGGCACCACCCUAGGAACCUUACCUGGUUGAGAAAUGCUUGACCUGCAUUACACAUCAGGUCCUCUGUUGCUGUUUGAGCUGGAGAGAAGAGGCCUCAGGAGGCCGGGGUAGUAUCUCAGCUUGUGCAGGAGUGAGCGAGCCAGCAGCCAACAAGGCUGCUCCCAAAGCCCUUGCUCAGUUCGAAGUGUGACCCCUCAUUCUGAAUUCUUGAUCAGGACCAUAGGUAGUGAGUUUGCAAAGCUCAGUCCCAAAAGGGCCUGCAGAAUUCUGAAAUGUUGGCAGUCCUGUCUAUUAAGAUGUGAAACUUCCCAUAUUCGCAAAAUGGUGUGUGCUAAAGAAUGCCUUGCUGGCCCUGGUGGUGCAGUGCUGUUGGAAGUAGGAGGAUCACGUUGCACGGUCAACCUCCCUGGAGUUUUGUGUGUGUUUGAGCAACAGCCGGUAUAUGUAUGGAUGUAUGUGUGUGUGCGUGCACACCUGUGUGGCAUUCAGUGGUCUGACAGUAAUUUCAUAUGUUCGUGAUAAUAGAGAUUUGGGGAGGGGGAAAUUGGGAAAACUGAAUAGCAAUGGAAUGAUAACAAUAUGCUGUUACUUCCUCUUUUCUGGAUAACAAAAGUCUUUUUUACUUGAAAAAAAAAAUGUGUCCACAGUUGAAAACGGCAUUGAUGUGGUUGUCUCAUGAAAUACAAGCUUUAUCAUCCUGGAAAGCUACACCUGGUUUCUCUAUUUUGUGAAAUGUUGCUUGAUGGUACCUCACCGAAAUCUGUUCCCAGCUAAUGAAGACGGGGAGAAUAAAAAGACGCGUUAAA